AGAAUACAUUUCCAAAAAGACACAAGUAUUAUGUGAAGUUGCCGGGAGUGUAUUAGAGCUGCAGUUGAAAAGUUGCAAAAUAUCAACAACACUUUAAGAUCUGCAAAAAAGCUCUCUAAGCUGCGAUUCAAUGCAAGGAGGAUCAAAUGGAAUCGGUUAUGGCCUCAAAUAUCAGGCACGAUGUAUCGCCGAUGUGAAAGCUGAUACGGAUCACACCAGUUUCCUAACCGGAACUCUCAGCCUAAAAGAAGAAAAUGAGGUACAUUUGAUCCGGAUUUCUUCAGCUGGUACUGAAUUGCUAUGCGAAGGUCUUUUUUCUCAUCCUAAUGAGAUCUGGGACCUUGCGUCGUGCCCCUUCGAUCAACGGAUUUUCUCUACUGUUUUUUCUUCCGGUGAAACAUAUGGGGCAGCAAUAUGGCAGAUCCCUGAGUUGUAUGGCCAAUCAAAUUCUCCACAACUAGAGAGGAUUGCAUCUCUUGAUGCUCAUAAUUCGAAGAUAAAGUGCACACUUUGGUGGCCAACAGGAAGGCAUGACAAGUUGGUUAGCAUUGAUGAACAGAAUCUUUUCCUCUGGAGCUUUGAUACUUCAAAGAAGAAUGCACAGGUACAAUCACAAGAAUCAGCAGGUGUGCUACAUUCGUUAACUGGGGGCGCCUGGGAUCCCCAUGAUUAUAAUGCUCUAGCACUGACAAGUGAAUCAUCAGUCCAACUUUGGGAUCUACGGACAAUGAAGAAAACAAAUUCAAUCGAUCAUCCCCAUGUCCGUAAUUUGGAUUACAAUGUGAAGAGAGAGUAUACUCUUGUAACGGCUGAAGAUGAAUCUGGGAUACAUAUAUGGGAUCUUAGAAUGCUGAAGUUUCCAGUCCUUGAUCUCCCUGGACAUACUCACUGGACAUGGACUGUCAAGUGCAAUCCCGAACACGAAGACUUAAUUCUGAGUGCUGGAACUGAUUCUGCGGUCAAUCUGUGGCUGGCUUCUCUUCCUAGUAGUGAUGAACCAACUCCAGAGAGCUUUGACUCCCCUAAUAAGCCAGUGGAUCCAUUGCUUAAUUCAUAUAGUGACUACGAAGACAGUGUGUAUGGACUUGCUUGGAGCUGCCGAGAGCCAUGGAUAUUUGCAUCAUUGUCAUAUGAUGGAAGGGUGGUUGUAGAAUCAAUCAAGCCUCAUCUUCCAAGAAAAUAAAUCAGUACAAGUCGAAUAUGUCCCCCUCCAAAUCUGUAUUCUUGAAACUGAACCAUGUGUUCAUGAUGGAGUUAACGCUGCUGAGGUGGAAUGUAGAAUUUUGCAAGAGGUCUCUUUAAUUUUAUCUAGUAUGACGUUUGCAGUUCAUUUUCAUGCGGAAGCUUCUAAGCCUGCAGCUUCACUCCAGAUUGAAUUUUCUUAAACGUAUGGCACAUGGUCAUUUACAUUUUCCAUUCACUAUAGUUUAUGGUUGUCAUAACUUUGCACGUUUAAGAGCGUCAGAAAAGAGUGAUGUCACAUCUUCGCAUCUUUUAGAUUCUCUCUCCCGUGGACAUCCGACCAGGUACUCAUUAUGCGGACCCACUCAACGUUAUUGUCACUAAACUAGACUUUUAUUAUUCUGUGGCCAAAGUGUUAAUCAUCUCUUUUCCUUGAACACACAGAUAUAAUCGGGUUAUUUUUGCGAAAAUAUAUUCUGUUAAUGUUCCGUAAUAACACGAUGCCUUUGUGAUUUCAGUUAGUUGAUUUGAGUAUGCAUUUAUGUAUUUGGUGUAAA